AUUUGUCUUAUUCGUCAGAAGGAUUAUGUCAUCUGAGCUUAGUAUCUCUAUAAAUACCCGGGUGGCUGGACUCUGUUGCACACAUCAACAUUGAGUGGUGCAAUAAAUAAAAGAGAUGAAGACGAUCAAAAUUUGUUCGAAUUCAUUUCAAGCAGUUCUCCUUCUUCUUAUUAUUGUAGCAAGCUUCUGGCUGAACACCGAAGCUGCAACUUUCAGAGCAUAUGGAAGGUUAUUAAGGGCCAAAAAGCAUCCUCCAAGACAUCAUCACCAUAAGGGUUGCGAACCAGGGAAGCUUCACGCCUCACACGAGUGUUCCCCACAAGAAUCUCAUAGAAACAAGGCAACCUUAACACUGAAUAGCUUUGAGAAGGAUGGGGAUGGAGGUGGCGCAUCAUCUUGUGAUGAGAAAUUUCACAAAGACAGCACUCUUAUUGUAGCACUAUCAACUAAGUUGUUCGACCAUAGAAAGAGGUGCCUAAAACAAAUCACCAUAUUUGGAAAUGGAAGAAGGGUCAAUGCAAAGGUUGUUGAUGAGUGUGACUCUAGUAGAGGCUGUGCCAACAAUAUAGUCGAUGCCUCUAAGGCUGUUUGGAAGGCUUUGGGUGUUCCAGAAAAGGAUUGGGGUCAACUAGAAGUAUUCUGGUCGGAUGCUUGAUGCGUGCGCAUGCUUCAAAAUACCUUCCACGCACACACACACACACACACAUAUAUAUAUAGGAAUAUAGAAAUAAUACAAAAUAAUAUGUGAAGAAGUGAUGUAUCAUAUGUAUCAACACUAGAGUUCCUUCUUCUGCAUUACUCUAUACUCGUACAACUUGUGUUCAAGUCUAAGUUAAUUUUAAAUAAGAUAUGCAUAAAUGUUCACUUUGUA